AUGCCCCUGAGGGACCCCACCAGCCAGCGGAGGACUCGUGAGGAGAGGAGUCUCACUAUGAUUCGGAAAGACACCAAAGGUAAGAGACAGGACAGCAGGAGAGAUAAGAAGCGUGCAAUACACAGGAGGAUGACCUGUCCCAGUCCUCAGGAGAUAAGUCGUGCCCUCCAGAACCCACAGGCUUCCCCGGCUUCCUCCUUCAUCCGUGCCGCCAACCUGGACGACCUCAUCCAGCGAUGCCUGCAAUGCUUCGACAUGGAGGGGAAGUUGACCAGGGGCUCUCAGCUGGUCCACAUGACUCUGAUGAUGCAUAACUGGGUUGUCUCGUCUCACACCUUCGCACACAAGUUACUUUCUCUCUAUAAGGACUGCCCAGUGGAGAAGCGAGCACAGAAGCGACCCCAGAUCUGCCACUUUAUCAGGCUGUGGAUAAGCCAGUUCCCAGCUGUGUUUGAAGCUGACCCACUGUUGGAGGAGGUGAUGGGUGACCUGUGGGCUCUGGUGCAGGUGGAUGGGAAAGAUCCGCACAGCCAGCUCAUUGACCAUUCCUACUUAAACCCCCCUGUGAAUAUUUCCCAAACACCUUCACCCUCAGUAAAGAAGAGGAAGGUCUCCCUGCUGUUUGACCACAUGGAACCAGACGAAAUGGCCGAACACCUCAGCUACCUGGAGUUUAAAAACUUCUGCAGCGUCUCUUUCUUGGACUACCGCAGUUAUGUGGUUCAUGGUUCAGUGCGAGGGAACCCUGCACUGGAGCGCUCAGUUAUGCUGUGUAACGGAGUGUCUCAGUGGGUGCAGCUAAUGAUCCUGAGCAGACACACAGCGCAGCAGAGAGCAGAGGUCUUCACCAAGUUCAUCCACGUGGCACAGAAGCUGCGGUCCCUGCAGAAUUUCAAUACACUGAUGGCAGUAAUAGGGGGCCUGUGUCACAGCUCCAUCUCUCGUCUCAAAGACACGGCCAGCCUGCUUUCCUCGGACGUCACAAAGACUCUGAGUGAGCUGACGGAGCUGCUCUCCUCCUACAGUAACUACACUAACUACCGCCGCGUGUACAGCGAGUGUACGGGCUUUAAGGUGCCCAUUUUGGGUGUGCACCUGAAAGACCUGAUCUCUCUAAACGAGGCGCUGCCCAACUACCUGGAGGACGAUAAGAUCAACCUGGGGAAGCUGCAGCACCUGUACAGCAACAUCAAUGACCUGCUGGCCAUCCAUAAAUGCAAGCCCCCAUUCGAAGCCAACAAGGACCUUCUCCACCUGCUCACGCUCUCUCUAGACCUGUAUUACACAGAGGACCAGAUCUACGAGCUGUCCUACACCAAGGAGCCCAAGAACCCCAAGAUCCAGCCUGUUGCUCCGGUGAAGGCUCCUGUGGUGGCUGAGUGGGGGUCAGGGGUCACCCCUAGGCUGGACCCUGUUACAAUCUCCAAACACGUCAAACAGAUGGUGGAUUCUAUCAUGAAGAACUACGACCUUAAUAUGGAUGGCUACAUCUCACUGGAGGACUUUGAGAAAAUAGCUGCCAAUUUCCCUUUCUCCUUCUGCACACAUGAGAGUGACAGGGAAGGGAAGAUCAGUCGGGAGGAGAUCACGUCCUACUUUAUGAGAGGGAUGUCCGUGUGUGCCAAGCUUGGCUUCAACCUGCACAACCUGCACAACUUUCAUGAGACCACCUACAAGAAACCCACGUUCUGUGACAGCUGUGGUGGCUUUAUGUGGGGUGUUAUAAAGCAAGGGUAUCACUGCAAGGAUUGUGGAGUGAACUGUCAUAAGAGCUGUAAGGACCAGGUCGGGACAGAGUGUCCAAAGAGGCUCACAGUCUCUGGGGGCUCCUGUCCCUGCACCCCUGGCCCAGUGACCGGCCUCCGCGCCAAGGGCAACAGCUGGAGUUCUGAGGAGGAGACUUUUGUUUUUCCUCACGGAAACGGCUCAGAGGUCUCCAAGGGAAACACCACGCCCGACAGUGAUGCAGAAGGCUCCGUGCUGUCAGACUGGUCCACGCAGACAGACACAGGGGUGUGGAGUCCAGAUGAGGCCAGUCAGAGAGGACAUCACAAGCCUCACUCCCUUCUGCAGAAGAGUGCCUCAGUAUCGGACAGAUUCUUGGCCAGCUCUGCUCCUGGGUUCAUUCUCUCAGAGAAACUGGAGGAGCUAAAACUGAACAAAGACAAGAGGAGAGAGCCAGACUGA